CACGUCGCAUUUCGGAGAAACUGUGGCCUCGGGAGAUUUGUAAGCCUCAAGGGCCUUGGCGGCGUGGGCCGGGCUGAUGAGUGGGCCCAGCCCGUAGUCGGACAGGAGUGGCUCGUGGUCGGUGGAGAGGAACACGUUCGCGGACUUGAGGUUGCCAUGUGGGAGAUCGAGGGUGGGGAGAUUCGCGUGGAGGUGGGCCAGCCCACGGGCGAUCCCUUGGAUUAUCUUCAGCCGGACGGGCCACGUGAGUUGCGCGUGGGAGAUCCCGCGGUCGCCUGCCACACCAGAUCAUCAUCAACUUCUCGUCCUUCCUGUAAUGAUACGCCAGCGGCGUCAGCAAAUUCUUGUGCCUCAAACUCCCGAGCCUUCUCACCUCCGAGUCGAACUGCUCCUUCCCCAUCUUCGUCGUCUCCUUCAACCUCUUCACCACCACCGUCAGCCCACCCGCCAUGCUCGCCUUGUAAGACGACCCCAAAGGCCCGUUCCCCAAAACCUCGGCCGCCGCCUUCAUCAAAUCCCCUAGCCCAAACUCUCCCUUCUCCUCGUUUAUCAUCACCAUAUCCCCAACCCCCUUACCCAGCCUACCCGACCCUUUUCUCCCCGACCCGCGCCUUCCAUCCCCUCGCGUCUCCGCCGCCCCCAGAAAUCGCUCGCGGGAUGCUCUGCUCGAAAUUGCCCUCGGCUGUACUCCUGUCCUGCCUCCGUUUCAGCACGUAUAUCCCGAUUAUCAUGAGGGCGAAGAGGACCACGAGGGACGUGAACAGGGCCCAAACGGCAAUUUUCAUUCUGUUUGCCUUGUCGGGGCACGGCCUGCCGAGGUACGCGCCGCAAAGCCCGGGAUUGCCCGAAAAUGAGUCCGGCCCGAACCUCGACAGGCCCGCGGGGAGUUCGCCGUCGAGAUUGUUGUUGGAGAGGUUGAGUGAGACGAGGCUCGGCUGGUCGAGCGUCGGGAUUGGGCCCGUGAACCGGUUGUUCUCGAGGUGGGCCUCGACUAAAUGGGCCGGGCGGGCUAGGGAAGGUGGGACCGGGCCGGAAAGCCCGGCCCGGAGAUUGCCGAGUGGGCUGAAAUCGGGGAGCGGGCCCGAGAAAGAGUUGGACGUGAAGCUGACGAUUCGGAGUUCCCGAGAGGCCCAAGUUGCCGAGGCGGAGGCCCGUGACAAGGCCAUUCGCGCAAUUUACGCCGGCCCAAUGAUUGUUUUCGGCGCACGGCUCUGUCCCAGGCUUCCACGAGUCGAGAGCGGAUGCAAGAGCUUCGGCUUCGGAAACAGAACUUGUUGCCGGGAUUAUGAGAAGAAAAAUGUAGAAAAAGAUGGA